AACAACGGAGGAUUUUCCAGCCCAAAAUUAUAAUAGUGAUGCACACACUCUUUCCCUCGAGAAAGAGAUGGAUGGCACGCUAUCCCCUUCUAUCAAAGGAGAUGAUGAAACUAUUUCUGAUCCUUCUUUUAGCACAAGUUUUUUCCCACCAGUAACUAACAAUGCAGGUAAUGACCAAACUACUAUCGGCCCUGUUCUUCAAUCUUUUGAGGUGGACGGACAGCACUAUGAAAUCAGGUCCUAUGAAGAAGCGGAGACAAGUAACCUAAGGGAGGACCCUAACGACUUCCAAGAUGUCCAGAACAGACGCAGCAAAAAAGCGGGGAAGAGGGGAACAGCACCAAGGACGAUUAAAACUAGAACCUACGAUCCAAAUCUUGAAGUUGGAACGGUUACUCAUCACCAGACUUACUCCAAAGCUAUUGCCAAUGAAUCGCAGGUUAUUCGUCACAAGAGGGGGGAUACAAAAUGGACCAAAGGCAUUGAAACCUCAACCUCUGAUAAGUACUUUCAAUAGCUCAUUGCACCCAAACUUGAAUGCCCACUGCCAUAAAAAAUAAGAACGACAAUCCCAGUAAAACCCCACGAAAGUAGGGUUUGGAGAAGGUGAUAUGUAUCCAAAACUCACCCCUACUUGGAAGUAUGCCUAUAAACUCUCAAACACAUUAUGUAAUUUAGUAGGGUUUGUGGCAGAGUGAAAUUACCACACUUGUUCUGUUGUGGCGGGAUUCAGCAAGAGGCAGCGCAGUAGAGAGAGAGGAUGAUGAAAUGAGGGAGUAGAUGUGCACUUUUCAUUGCUGAACCAGCACUUUGAGUGAACCAUUAGGCAUUAUCAAACAGUUCAAAGUCUGAUUUUUUUAAAAUAUUAAAACUACACUUUUUCUUUGAAGAUUUGUCAUUGGUGUUGUGUUCAAAUGGUUUGUUUAGUCGAAAAAUCUUCAAAGUAUUAGCUUUGUUUGACUUGUCAUAAUGUAAAACAGGUUACAUAUUUGCAAGAUCAUCAUAUUCACUUGAAUAAGAUGUAAGGUUACUUCGGGUUCAUACUACUUCAUGUUCGGGUCAAUGUGGGUUCAAGUAGAGAACUAUAUGUUCAUCACCAUUAUCAUUUGGUCUGGGUCGACCCAACGGGGAAUACAUCCCAGGGGCGUGUUUGCAGCCUUGACAGUGUUAGAACAUCUAUUGCCCAGUAAGCCAGGGUUUUUGGGUUUUGAAAAACAAAAGGUGUGUUCUUUAAUAUUAUUUUUUUGCUUUUUAAAAAGUGGACUCUUCAUUUGACUCAUUAGCGAACAGUUCAAAGUCUGAUUUUUUUUAAAAUAUUAAAACUACACUUUUUCUUUGAAGAUUUGCCAUUGGUGUUGUGUUCAAAUGGUUUGUUUAGUUGAAUAUUUGCAAGAUCAUCACAUCAUAUUCACUUGUAUAAGACGUAAGGUAAGGAAUAUUAACACCACAGCCUCCUCUUAUAAUUGGGUCUCGGACUCUGGGUGUCUACUUCUCAGUCCUACCACAUUACAGAUUCCAAGAUAUCACUUUCUUCAAUGGGUCUAUGGAACUAAUGGCCGUCCCAAAAAAGUAAAAAGAAGCUUCAUCCGCUAACAACUUCCUUAACAUGACAAUUAAUUUUGAACACGCUAAAAGUACACUUACAUAACCUUUUCAAAUUGCUAAAGCAGGUCACUCGUCACCAGACUUACUCCAAAGCUAUUGCCAAUGAAUCGCAGGUUAUUUGUCACAAGAGUGGGGAUACGAAAUGGACCAAAGGCAUUGAAACUUCAACCUCUGAUAUGUACUUUCAAUAUCUCAUUGCACCCAAACUUGAAUGCCCACUGCCAUAAAAAAGAACGACAAUCCCAGUAAAACCCCACAAAAGUAGGGUUUGGAGAGGGUGAUAUGUAUCCAAAACUCACCCCUACUUGGAAGUAUGCCUAAAAACUCUCAAACACAUUAUGUAAUUUAGUAGGGUUUGUGGCAGAGUGAAAUUACCACACUUGUUCUGUUGUGGCGGGAUUCGGCAAGAGGCAGCGCAGUAGAGGGAGAGGAUGAUGAAAUGAGGGAGUAAAUGUGCACUUUUCAU